UUUAUUUAUGAUUUUGUUUUAUAAAUAAAUUGAUAAUUCAUUUCAGAUGAUAUCAGACACUUGGUAUAAAACAUGAAACUUCCAGGAAAGAGAGGGAACCUAUAUUUCUCCGUUUUUGCUGCGAACCUGGCAACAGUCUCUAUAGGAACGCACUAUAGUUGGCCUUCACCAAUGCUGCCAAAACUGACGGCUCAGGGAACGUUCCUUCACCUAAACAGUGAUGAAGCUUCAUGGGUAAGCUCACUCAACGCCCUUGGUACUUCAUUCGGCCCAUUCCUCGGCGGCUGGCUGAUCGACAGGGUGGGGCGGCGGUGGACCAUAAUGCUAGCUGUUAUGAUCAACUUGCUCGCCUGGAUUGUCCUACUCGCCGCUACAGCUGUCUGGCACAUUUACGUGGGCCGCUUGCUAGGAGGCAUCUCGGGAGGUGUUUUGAUUGUGGGAAUCCCCGUCUAUGUGGCCGAGAUUGCUCAGCCGGAAGUAAGAGGAGCUGUGGGCACUGUUUUAGGCUUCUCUCUCUCGAUUGGAUGUUACAUCGAGUUCUGUUUUGGUCCUUACGUUUCCUAUUCAACUCUCAUUUAUUUGAACUUUCUUCCAGCGUGCUUAUUCCUUAUUUUGUUCACAUUAUAUCCAGAAUCUCCAUAUUACCUUAUACGGAAAAACGAUAUUUCAAGUGCCGUGAAGAGUCUCACGUGGCUCAGAAACAGUGACUCGCCUGAACUAGUGCUGAAUGAGUUGGAACGAAUGCAGGAAGAAGUCCACAAAUGCAUGGCAGAAAAAGCGAGAUUUUCAGACCUUGUCAAGACCCGAGGUAACCGCAAAGGUUUGAUGAUCUCUUGUGUGCUCGCGGCAACUCAACAACUCAGCGGUAUUAACGUUGUCCUCGUCUACGCCCAAAGUAUCUUCAUCAUGGCCGGCACUUCCUUCUCUUCCAGUGUGUCAUCGAUCAUCGUCGGUACUUUCCUUGUAGUGGGCCCAGGACUUUCAUUUCCGCUCACCAGACUAUUUGGAAUCAAGAACAUGCUGGUGGUAUCGGCGGCUGGGAUGAGCAUUUUUCAGGUUUCUUUCGGGGCUUUCUUCUACUGUAUUUAUCGUGGAUACGACAUGUCAACCUAUUGGUGGUGGCCGCUUAUCAGUUUUGUAGGAUAUAUAAUCACCUAUUGUGUGGGCUUUGGACCUCUUGCAUUCACGGUGAUGGGCGAAAUGUUCCCGACCAACAUCAAAGGCCUCGCUUCCGCCAUUACUACUGGACCUGCCUGCUGGUUUCUAGGAUUUUUGCUCACACUCUACUUCAAUGAUAUAUCCCAAGCCCUCGGCUCUCACAUGGCUUUCUUCCUCUUUGCUAUCUUUUGCUUUCUAUCAUUUCUCUUUACGAUUUUCAUCCUUCCUGAUACGAGAGGUCUGACUCUUGAGGAAAUCUUGGAACUGUUGAACGGAAAACCUGGUGCUAGAAACUACAAGAACAGACCUGAUUCUAUUCGCCCCACGGAAUAAAAUAUGUACUAGCAUAAAACCUUAUUUAAGCAUAGUUCAUUAUCCCAUAAAUGUUACUUAAUUAUAAGAUACAGCCUUCGCUGUGUUAUAUUCUUAAUU